AUGGAGACAGUGCCCCCAGCUGUGGACCUGGUGCUGGGCGCCUCAGCCUGUUGCCUGGCCUGUGUCUUCACCAACCCCCUGGAGGUGGUGAAGACACGGCUGCAGCUGCAGGGGGAGCUGCAGGCCCCGGGCACCUACCCGCGGCCCUACCGCAGCUUUCUGGCCUCCGUGGUCACUGUGGCCCGCGCCGAUGGGCUGUGGGGCCUGCAGAAGGGGCUAGCCGCCGGCCUCCUCUACCAGGGCCUCAUGAACGGUGUCCGCUUCUACUGCUACAGCCUGGCAUGCCAGGCUGGCCUCUCCCAGCAGCCAGGUGGCACGGUGCUCGCAGGUGCCAUGGCAGGGGCCGUGGGAGCCUUCGUGGGGAGCCCUGCUUACCUGGUCAAGACACAGCUGCAGGCCCAGACAGUGGCCGCCAUGGCCGUGGGGCACCAGCACCAUCACCAGAGUGUCCUGGGCGCCUUGGAGACUAUCUGGCGGCAGCAGGGCCUGGCAGGACUGUGGCGGGGUGUGGGUGGGGCUGUGCCCCGUGUCAUGGUGGGUUCAGCUGCCCAGCUGGCCACCUUCGCCUCUGCCAAGGCCUGGGUGCAGGAACGACAGUGGCUCCCGGAGGACAGCUGGCUGGUGGCCCUGGCUGGGGGCAUGAUCAGCAGUAUCGCUGUGGCCGCAGUCAUGACACCCUUUGAUGUGGUCAGCACAAGGCUGUACAAUCAGCCCGUGGACAGAGCUGGCAGGGGCCAGCUGUAUGGGGGCCUUGCCGACUGCCUGGUGAAGAUCUGGCGGCAGGAGGGCCCCCUGGCGCUGUACAAGGGCCUGGGCCCCGCCUACCUGCGGCUGGGCCCCCACACCAUCCUCAGCAUGCUCUUCUGGGAUGAGCUCCGGAAACUGGCCGGGCGGGCCCAGCAGCAGGGCACCUAG